AUGUCGUCGCAAAUAGUGGCAACCUCGCCGUCACCGACUGAGGGUGGCCACACCGCAUCCAUCAAAGCCGCCAAAUUCAUCUCCCCCAACUCGAUCGUCUCGGCGGGACUUGAUCGCACGGUUCGUUUGUGGAAAUACACGCAAAGCGAGAAUGGCUUCGAAGGAAUUAUCGCUCCUCAACUAGAGCUGUACGGGCACAAGCUUGCCAUCAAUUCGCUCGCGGUCCAUGCACCUUCGAACCGCAUUCUAUCCGCAUCGUCAGAUCACACCGUUGGUCUCUGGUCAACCAAGAAAUCUGAUGCUCCAGCUGCUCCGGAGAACCUACUUCCAUCGGCCGUCGCCAAGAGCUCUAAACGAAGAAAGUUAAACUCUUCUGUGAGCACCCCUCAGCGUGGACCUGUUGCCCUUCUCUCUGCCCACAGUGCACCCGUGUCGGCCGCCAUUUUCGAUGCUAAGGACUCCACUGUCGGAUACUCGACGUCUUGGGAUCAUUCCCUGCGCACGUGGGAUCUUGUCACUGCUGCUUUGGUUGAUACCCGCACGACAUCCCACUCCCUUCUCUCCCUCGAGCACCUCCCUGAACAUCACCUCCUCGCUACGGGUUCGUCGGCCCGCCACAUCACCCUCAUCGAUCCUCGAGCUUCGGCGACUACCAUCGCGGCGAUGACGCUGCGCGGCCACACCAACGCUGUCGUUUCGCUGGCUCGUGAUCCCAACAGCUCGUACGGUCUGAUCAGUGGUAGCCACGACGGCACGUGCCGCAUCUGGGAUAUCCGGUCAACCAAGACCGAUAAAGACGGCGUUGUGGGAGAAAGCGUCUACUCGAUUGCUCGCAAGAGUUUGGAAGAGGGAGGCAAGGCCGAUGCCAAGCGCGUUGGUGGCGAAGGAGUCAAGGUUUUCGGCGUGUGUUGGGACAAGUCGGUGGGUAUUGUCAGUGCCGGUGAGGAUAAGAGGAUCCAGAUCAACCGUGGAGAGGGUGUCUUGUCUUCCGCAUGA